CUAACCUGCUGCGUAAAUUCUCCUAAACUGCUACGAAAAGUCAAAUCGGACGUUAAUGUGACAAAAGCUGGAUACCCUCUAGCCAUGACCCCAAGAUCGGUUGAAGGACGAGCGUCGCGUAGGAGUGAUGCGAUCUGACGUAAGACAAUGACCAUGUUCGAGAGGAUCAAAACCGCAAUGUACCAUUGUGACUGACUGACCUACAAAUUAUAAAGAGUCCUUAUUUAUGAUGCAAGGUGAUUUGUAGAUCCGGCAGUCGCCUGCUGUCGUUUUGAUGCUCUCGAACACGGCCAAGGAUACUUCGCCAUAUUUGGUGGGGAGUGGAAAAGUCAUCGCUAGAACAGAAGAGAUAUAGCGAAGAUGUGGCAACUUUUGUAAAAUGAACGUCAAAAGUGCAUAUUAGCUUACCCCUAACCUUAACCUAAGUAUCCUAACCUGCUAUGUUAAUUCUCCUAACCUACGAAAAGUCAACUAUGACAAACGCUGUAUCCAUCUAGUCAAAACCGAGUGGAAAUUUCAACCGGAUGCUUCCGAUUUAUACAUCCGGUGAAACAUCUGCCUCCUUGUUCUAUCUGGGGUCAUGUUGCGCCAACGGGCUUACCGGGAAGUUCUCUCAAAAACAUGGUUUAUACGGUUUCAAACAACACUGAGGUCGAAUUCGCAACAGGUUUGCGUCCGGCUUCUCCCCAGCCCUCGCUGUUUCUUCGACGAACCGGUGCACGUGAAGGUAGAUGGACUUUCUCCGCACCAGAAAGUAGAGUUGAGGUCCAAACUCAGGGAUGAUAAAGGGGUCACCUUCAGCGCUUCCGCUUUGGUCGCUGCAGAUCCUAGCGGACAGGUGGACCUGUGCCGCUCUCCAUCUCUGGGCGGCAGUUACACGGGAGUUGAAUCCAUGGGCUUGUUUUGGGCCAUGGCGGCCGAGACUCCACACAGCAAACUGUUUAAAAAAAAUGUGUUGGGUUCAAUGAUGGUUGACAUAGAAGUGUUGCAUGGGGACACAGGUGAGCUCUUGGCCACAGAGACCAACGAGAGGCGGUUCAUGACGGAAGGGGUAAGGAGAAUACCGUUGGCCUUGAACAAAGGGAGAAUUCGGGGAGUCCUUUUUCUACCACCCGGGCAGGGUCCAUUCCCCGGUGUACUGGAUGUGUAUACUCUGGGUGGAGGUAUAUCAGAGGUCCGGGCAAGUCUGCUGGCUAACAAAGGCUUUGUGGUUCUGGCUCUGGCCUACUCUGGCUUCCAGGACCUGCCCAAAACCGUGCCUAAAUACUUUGAUCUGGAGUACUUUGAAGAGGCCAUCACUUUCCUGAGGCAACAGCCACAGGUCCAGGGUCCAGGAAUAGGAAUCCUGUCCAUCUCUAAGAGUGGGGACCUGGCUCUGUCCAUGGCCUCUUUUCUCUCUGGCAUCUCAGCCACAGCCUGUAUCAACGGCAGCAAUGCUAAUACGGUGGCGCCACUGCACUACAAAGACCUCGUCAUCCCUUCGGUCACGCCUAUUGUAGAGAACAUCACCAUCUCACCGUCCGGCCUCCUCGACAUCCGAGACGCCUUACCGGACCCAGAGACUGAGGGGAACCGCGGUUCUGUGAUCCCAAUAGAACGUUCCAGUUCUAGAUUCCUCUUCGCCGCCUCUGAGGACGACAGGAAUUGGAACAGCUGUCUCUUCGCCCAACAGGCCGCCGCCCGGCUGAGGCAUCAUGGGAAAGAGAACUUUGAGGUGUUGAUGUACCCCAGGGCGGGGCACUUCCUGGAGGUACCCUACAUGCCCCACUGCCCGUCUGGCUUCCACCCCGCGGUGGCUAGAGUGGUGGUGUUUGGGGGAGAGGCUAAAGCCCACCAUCAGGCUCAGCUGGACCUGUGGAGGAGGGUCCAGGAGUUCUUCAGGAAACACCUGGACGGAAACAACACUGCUCAGAAAGAUACCUUAUAAACUAGAUCUGGCACCGGACAACAUAGCCGGGAAGAUUUUAAUUUAACAGACAUUUUAGAAAUUUACCAGACAUCCAUAUGCAUUCUAAAAAGAAAGAGGGCAAUAAACUGCCGACCUGACGAUGCCAGCGCCAUCAAUAAACGAGGGAUAGCCUAUUGGCCAAAUGAGCCACAUUUAAUUGUCCUUAAAAACAGCCUAUAACAAAUGACAAAAACACUUAUUUCAGUGUGUUAGAUGUGUAGUGUAAGCAAAAAUGUAUGGCCUAUUGAUUUAUUGGUUUUUACUUUCCUAAAACAAUAAUUGUCCACCUCACGUUUCAGCUGUUGGAAAUUUGAGCACUAAAUGCAUCAGGGCAUUGCAUGCAUAUGCCUAUAGGCUUAGACGUCCACUGUAUGAUAUUAAUAUUUAAUUAAUUAUAUUAAUAUCUCCCCUGAGACGGAGAGAGGAGAUAUGCCGGUGGCGUGCUACGAUACCGCCAUGCAUUUGUCAGAUGGCUACAGCGUCUGCAAGAUAUAGGUGUACAGAAGGAGGCUUAUUCAUUCAUUUUCAAUCAGAAUAUUUUUUAUAAAGAUAAGCAUUAUAUUUUUUAUAGGAGUAACUCUGGUAGGCCUAAAACAUCCUUCUAUAUCAUAGGCCUGCAGCAGCUAAAGCUUAAUAGGCCUAAUGGCCACACCAGACCUUCACAAAGCUUCUAAACUUUAUUAGGGUAAUAUCAAAAGUAAGUCAAGUCAUUGUUUACAGAGGAAAAUAUGAGCAGGCUAUUAUAUUGCGCAAACACACCAUUAUACAUUUGAAACAUAAUUUGGCCAAAGAAAAUGUCUCAACAGAAUUAAACAAAACACUUGCGAAGCAAUUACCAACAAAAGCUAGUGCCUACCGUACCCAACAAAUGACAGCAAUAGGCUAAUAAUAUUUAUUUUACAACAGGCCCACUUUUAACCUAUUUUAAACUAAAUAUGAAGCACACACAGAUCGAACUUAAAUUAGCCAACGAAAAUGUCUCAACGGAAUUAUACAAAACACAUUUUACAUAUUUAAAGAACUGGUUUAGAUUAAUAAAUAGGCCUACAAUAAUAGCCAUAUACAAUAAUAGGCUAAUGAUAAAACUAAUUAAUAUAAAUAUGAAAAUUAAAAAUUCCAAAAUUGCAUCCUACCUGAAUAGCGAGUUGCACAGUAGCCUGCAUUUGGACGCGCCAACGUUCUUCUAAUCUUUGUCCAGUACAAUAUUAAAUCUUGUCCACACAGAGGACAUUAAUAUGAAAAUUAAAAAUUCCAAAAUUGCAUCCUACCUGAAUAGCGAGUUGCACAGUAGCCUGCAUUUGGACGCGCCAACGUUCUUCUAAUCUUUGUCCACUACAAUAUGAAAUCUUGUCCACACAGAGGACAUUCCCCUUGUAGGCUUUUCACUAUAGACAUACUUUUUCCCCCUCUAACUUUCAUUUUACUUAAAUGAAAAAGGCCUCUAUAUUCGCAAUUUACAUUGUUGCCAAGGAUGGCUUGCUAGCUAGCUACAGUGUUUGUCAGUUUUCUUGUAAACAACUCAGCUAAUGAGUGGAAUGAUAAUUUGCGACUAGACUUGGGAGCUCAUUGGGGCUUCAGGUGCCAGGGGGUUAGAUGAUUCCACCAGGUUUUUGGUCUCUGGAUAUACCGGUAAUAUUCAACUCCAGAGCAUAAAAAAAAACUCCCAUAGGCCUAUUUCCCGUGGGCACUUGUUUCUCUUUAAAAUGCUAUGUUUUUAUAGGCCCACCAUGAACCCAUUUAUCCUUAUCUAAAAACCGUAGACCUGUAGGCUCGGGCUGGUCCUGUAUGUCCGUUGCACAUGACACCCAAGCUGGGAGUGGCCAGGAGUGUAAUUUCCACCUCCAGUGUGGGCUGACUAAUCUUCUGGCUCACGUUUGUGGCCUAGUGCUUAUUUGACUUGUUAUUUACCUUGCUUUAUAUGACAGCAUUAUUUGAAAAGAUUUUAGGUUAGUUUCAGAGUUGGGUAAAACAGGGCAGCGGGUCAUGAGAUAUGCCAUUUAAUAUUUUACGCACAGGCCCACCAUAGACUAUAAUAAGCACAGCAGAGCAGUUGAUACUGUAGCUUCUAUACCAGGAAUGGGCAACUUUGAUGGAGGUGGGGGUCACAAAAAAUCUGAACUCCUCAUGAGGAACUGCAGUGACUCGUGGGUCUGCAUACGUACAUCCAUACCCACACAUGCAGUCAACUAAUUUGUGGGAUCAAUCAAUUUGUGCAGUUAAACUACUUAACUCUCUUAACUAAAUGCAUUAUACCCUAGCCUUUUGGGGGCCCUAAGCGGAAGCGAGAUUUGGUUGGGGGGCCCACCCCACCUCACGGGCAAAGCAUUUUACUGGCCCCUGUCUUGACAGCAGAGAGACAUUUUUUUAUUUUAAAGGUCAACUGCACUUCCUGAUUUGGCCUCGUUUUCAUGCUAGUAGAUACCCAUAGA